AUGUCUUCCCUCACCACACCGCUCACGCUCAUAGCAGCUGUGAAAGAGAUUGAGGAUGUCGCCAUCACCACAGCAGAUAGGAAACUCAACUUACCAUUGCGGGAUCUUGAAAAAGUCACACUUGGGAAUGAGCAUCUGAUAAAACGAUCUGGCCGAAGUCGGCGAUCCAUUGGCAUUUCUACAUUGUGGUUUCUUCUGGUCAAGAUACCCAUAAUAGUGAUAGUUCUUCUUAUCACUUGCGCGUGGUUAUGCCUUCGAUGUCGCAAGAAGAAGGACUUGGCCAAGUGA